GCAUACCAAAAAGUAAUGGCCAUCUAUUUAGGGUCUGGCCAGGGGAUUUCUCGUCUAUCAUAGCUAUUCUAUAGAAUUCGCCUUUUGUAGAGCAUGCGAACAAGGUAAAUAUCGUAACCAGUAUUCCUAGCCAUAUUCGUUCAUUGAAGUCGCGUUCGGUCUGAAUAUAGUUGAUAUAUCGCCUAAACUUGAUACAGCAAUUUAGGGUUAACCAGCCAUCUAGCCACGGUAGCAAUCAGUAUCAGCUCGCCAGCCAACAUUUAGAACCUUGGGCGUGAUAGUUUUGACGUUUCGAGUCUAUCACAUGCGGAUAUUUGUAAAACGCAGUUAUUACACAGUAUCUCAUACUACAAGUCAACAUGGAAAGACAUUUCUUUUCAAGAGAUUGACGACGACAAACGGAUUAAGGGCAAUUUAGUCUUGGAAAAAGUUGUACGCAGGAUUAAAGAUAUCUUUAUGGUUAAGAAGAGAGUUGCCAAGUCUUUAUCCCCCAUCUACAAACAAGGGCAUGCCAAAAUCUCAGUGAUGGAGACUACAGCUGUGAGUACCACCACUCUGGCCAAUGAUGAGUUUGACAGGAACGCGCCGCGGAUCUGCGGUGUGUGCGGGGACAAGGCCUCCGGAUUCCACUUCAACGCCAUGACCUGCGAGGGCUGCAAGGGCUUCUUCAGACGCAGUAUGAAGCGUAAGGCCAGCUUUACCUGUCCUUUCAACGGCAGUUGCACCAUAACCAAGGACAACCGCCGCCACUGCCAGGCCUGCCGGCUCAAGCGCUGCGUGGACAUCGGCAUGAUGAAGGAGUUCAUUCUGACAGACGAGGAGGUGCAGAGGAAGAAGGAUCUGAUCCAGCGGAGGAAGGAUGAGGAGGCGCAGAGGGAGGCACAGCGGCCCCGUCUGAGCGAGGAGCAGAGCCAGGUCAUCGCCACGCUGGUUGAGGCACACCACAAGACCUACGACGACUCUUACUCCGACUUCAACCGCUUCAGGCCUCCGGUCCGAGAAGGCCCAGUGACACGCAGUGCCAGCAGAGCUGCCUCUCUCCACUCUCUGUCUGAUGCCUCAUCUGACUCCUUCAGCCACUCUCCAGAGUCGGUGGACACUAAGCUGAUGAACUUCAGUAACCUGCUGAUGAUGUACCAGGAGCAGGGGGGCAGCCCGGACUCCGACGACGACGGCUCCAAGCUCUCCAUGCUGCCCCACCUGGCCGACCUGGUCAGCUACAGCAUCCAGAAGGUCAUCGGAUUCGCCAAGAUGAUCCCCGGCUUCAGGGAGCUGACGGCUGAGGACCAGAUUGCCCUGCUCAAGUCGAGUGCCAUCGAGGUGAUAAUGCUGCGCUCCAACCAAUCCUUCAACCUGGAGGACAUGUCCUGGAGCUGCGGAGGGCCCGACUUCAAGUACUGCGUCAACGACGUCACUAAAGCGGGCCACACUCUGGAGCUGCUUGAGCCCCUGGUCAAAUUCCAGGUGGGCCUGAAAAAACUCAACCUCCACGAGGAGGAACACGUGCUGCUCAUGGCCAUCUGCCUCCUCUCCCCAGACCGCCCGGGCGUGCAGGAUCACGGGCGCAUCGAGGCCCUACAGGACCGUUUGUCGGAGACGCUGCAGGCCUACAUCCAGCUGCACCACCCGGGCGGCCACCUGGUGUAUGCCAAAAUGAUCCAGAAGCUGGCGGACCUGCGCAGCCUGAACGAGGAGCACUCCAAGCAGUACCGCUCGCUGUCCUUCCAGCCCGAGCACAGCAUGCAGCUGACCCCGCUGGUGCUGGAGGUGUUCGGCAGCGAGUUCACUCGCAUAUCGCACGUCUGACACAACUGGGUAGCUGUAUGUAAGAAAUACCUCCACCUGGUUUCCGCCAUAUUCGGCUUUCAUUGAAGGACAGAAGGGAGGGAGCAACAUCCUGGAAUGAAACGCAGCCAGAGACUUAACUGUGACCUUUGUAUAGAGAGGUCGUAUCGUUUCGGUCGGAGAGUUGGCGUGCCUGCUCCUCUUGGCACAAUUGCAAUGGUCUUUGCCCUCACUAGAUGUCUCUCACUCUGUCCCCUUUCCCCAAUCCCUUCUCUCUCUCCUUCCCUCCCUCUCUCAGCUCAUUUUCUCCACUCUUAUGCCCCAACCCAGCUUUUUAGAGUAAACUAUUCUAUAUAGAUUUUCAGCUAAGGGCAAAAGUUCUGAGAGGACAACCCUCAGUAUCCAUUUAAUGCUGCUUUUAUCAGGAGCAUCACAGAUCAAUGGGAAUGUUGUUAUUCUUACUACCAUUGGCACGGUUGAGUAUCACCCAGCAGAAAUAUGCUAACCAGGACAUAGCAGGCCACAGUGUCAUGUUGUGUAGUUUUUGUAAAGAUGAGUAGUUUAGGUUGGUAUGAAGCUAGGACAAGCUGGUUCUAGAAAAGCACCAAUGGGGCAAGUUCCUAUUUGAACAACUUGGACUUGAGGAAGUUGAUGCCCAUUUAUAAAACGUUGAUUAAACCGCUUUAAUUGAUCAGUGUAAUAUUAAUCACCAGCUACCAUAGCCACGGGAAGUAGGGGUGCUGCAGAACCCCAUGAAAAAUAUAUUUUUUUUUUACACACAAAAGUAGUGUACUGGGCCUUUUACUAGUCCCUUAUUAGUGGACCAAUAUAGCCGUCUGUAGCGCGGGAAAAAAAAAAAAAUCUGACCCACCCGACAUUGCUCAGUUAGUACCAAUUGAAGAUGUUGAGUAACUGCUUUAAUAUCUUUGAGUACUGUUUUUGAAUACUUUUUGGCAAUGCUCCCUACUAUCUUUCCAACUAACUGUCUCAAUUUUGACCGUUUGUUUUCAAACAGAACUUUAAAUAAGAAAAUACAAAAUGUGUAUAGAAAAAUCAGGCAGUUUGAUAAUCAGUCGUCAUGCUAGCUAUUGGAGGUAUGUAGACCUUGCUACACAUGAAAUUGAUAGAAGCUAACUCAAAAGUAUCUUAAAGUUACCUGCAUGCAUAAAUAAUUUAUUUUUCCCAAAGAAAAUGGGGAAUUGGCUCCCAUGUACUCCUCACUCUACACUUUGGAGUACAAGGCAGGGAGUGAAAGGAGUUCAGAAUUAGUAGCUAUUAGCUAUAGGUAUUGACAGCCAGCAGACACUGUGGCCCUUCAGGGCCUGAGUUGAGUGCCUAUAGGAACCUUUUGAUUGGAGUGUUUCGUGAAGCAGGAUUAGAAAGUUAGCAAGCAAACUUUUCCAAUUAUCUUUUUCAAGUAUCUUAAAACAAUUAAAAACAAUGAUUGUUUCUCGAGAUGGCUUAUUUCAAAGAUUGGUCAAUACUACAUAACCUAUUAAACUGACGGGGAUUCUACUUUAGCUGUCUUUAAUGGCAAGAAAAUCGAGUUAAGAAUUGUUUCUAAAAUGUUCGCUUGUUAAAUGAAUAAUCCUGUUUUUAAGACACUGCACCACGUCACAUUCGAUGGAAAGCCAGAAACAACAAAAGCACCUACAGUAUUGUUUGUAACACAAUGCAUACAUUUGGAUGAAUAUGCUAUCCAUUACUGCCUGUCAAUGCCAGCAUUAUAUGGCUGCAAUUAUCAAAGUAAUUUGUCAAAUUUCUUGCAAUGUAAGUUCUUUUGUUUUUAUUUCUUUUAAGAUGUUGUUUUUUUCUAUUACAACAGACAUUAUAAAUGGGUGUUUUAUGUAAUGUUAUUUUUGUCAGAUGUUUUGCAAAUCAAAUAAUAAACGACUGUGCAUAGUG